UGUCGCCGCGGUGAGAGGAGACGCGAUGGCGGGGCCCGCGUGGAUGUCCAAGGUCUCUCGGCUGCUGGGGGCCUUCCACAACCCAAAACAGGUGACCAGAGGUUUUGCUGGUGGUGUUCAGACAGUAACUUUAAUUCCAGGAGAUGGUAUUGGCCCAGAAAUUUCAGCCUCAGUUAUGAAGAUUUUUGAUGCUGCCAAAGUGCCCGUCCAGUGGGAGGAGCGGAACGUCACUGCCAUUCAAGGGCCGGGAGGAAAGUGGAUGAUCCCGCCAGAAGCCAAAGAGUCCAUGGACAAGAACAAGAUGGGCCUGAAAGGCCCGUUAAAGACCCCGAUAGCCGCUGGUCACCCAUCCAUGAAUUUAUUGCUGCGUAAAACCUUUGACCUUUAUGCGAAUGUCCGUCCGUGUGUCUCCAUCGAAGGCUAUAAAACCCCUUACAACGAUGUAAAUAUCGUCACCAUUCGAGAGAACACAGAAGGAGAGUACAGUGGAAUCGAGCACGUGAUCGUGGACGGAGUUGUGCAGAGCAUCAAGCUCAUCACCGAGGAGGCGAGCAGGCGCAUCGCAGAGUUCGCCUUUGAGUACGCCCGGAACAAUCACCGGAGCAAUGUCACCGCUGUGCACAAAGCCAACAUCAUGCGAAUGUCAGACGGGCUUUUUCUACAAAAAUGCAGGGAAGUUGCAGAAAACUGUAAAGAUAUUAAAUUUAAUGAGAUGUACCUUGAUACAGUAUGUUUGAAUAUGGUCCAAGAUCCAUCCCAAUUCGAUGUUCUUGUUAUGCCAAAUUUGUACGGAGACAUUCUGAGUGACCUGUGUGCAGGACUGAUCGGAGGGCUCGGCGUGACACCGAGUGGCAACAUCGGCGCCAAUGGGGUCGCAAUCUUCGAGUCGGUUCACGGCACAGCCCCCGACAUCGCUGGCAAGGACAUGGCCAACCCCACGGCCCUGCUGCUCAGCGCGGUGAUGAUGCUGCGACACAUGGGGCUGUUCGACCACGCGGCGCGGAUCGAGGCCGCCUGCUUCGCCACCAUUAAGGGUGGGAAGAGCCUAACAAAAGAUUUGGGAGGCAAUGCAAAAUGCUCAGACUUCACAGACGAAAUCUGUUCCCGAGUGAAAGAUUUAGAUUAAGACUUCCACAGAGCGUGUUCACAUCAGCCGCUCCUGAUGCCACCACGUAAAGCUGGAGGACACGCCCACGCUGCGUGCUCUUGUUCCCGUGUUCCCCGACAGUACCUGUCUACACCUGGCCUUCUAACGCGGUCUGUGUAGAGGGUGCAGUGACAUCCUAGCUCUGCUCUCCAAGGACUUUUCCAAAUGCUUGUUUUGUUUAUUAAUGUCUAUUUGGUGCACAUUUUUUGUAAACUCUGAGUGGACGAUAUCAUUUGCCAUGGUUAAUCAUUUUACACUUCAGUUAAAAUAGUUUUUUCUGUGCUGUAAAUAUGAUAGAGAAUUAAUAAGAGAAAACAUCUAACUUUUUAAAGAAAACAUUUUCCUUACUUUAUGAAAAUACAGAAAUAAAACAAAUAUUCGCCUAAUAGCACAAGAUGACAGUCUUCUCCAAUGAACAGGCACAGAAGAAAUUCCUAGGGAAGUUCCUAUCAAAAACAGUGACUAUGAUAUGUCUUUAUGGUGUAGAAAAUUAAGACAGAUUUGUCCUUUAUAUGAAUGCAGAAGAAGAAUAAAGACUUCAGAGCCAAGAAAUAUAUGAGAUGUAACUUUUGUUAAAUAGAUAUAGGUAAUAUAUUGGCUACAAAGACAGAAAAGUGUUGUUCCUUCAAUUAUUUUGUUACCUGGAGAUUUACUGUUCUUGAACUUCUCAUGAAGUGAAGAAGGGCUGUACUUCCUUUUCACUGGACACACGCUAAUCAUGGGCCCUGAACUGACUGAGUCGGACUUGGCGCUGCCCGCUGUGGGCAGCCACACUCCUGCAGCACCUCGCACUCCAGCCUGUCCUCUGAAAGGCCUGACCACGCUGUUAACUGUGUUUCAGUGGCCGCCCCCUCCCUGCCCCAAAGCACCACCAGUGAGAGAUGAGGCUGCAGAGACAGCAGACAGCCUGAGCUGGUUCAGGGCUGUGCGGCCAGGGCUUGGGCUCAGCCUUGACCUUCAGGUCCCCCUGGCCUCCCUGCUGUCCAGCAUGACUUUUCUUAACCUUCAGAUACUUUCUUCAUGAACAGUUACCCUUUGGCUGCGAACCAAAGGCAACUCAUGUUGUCCCUUGCCCCUUGUGUAAGGACCCAAACCUGUGGCUUUGCAUAAUGUACCCAGGUCGGGGAUUUCUUAACAACAGACCUCCCUGUCUGGGUGCUUUUUUUAGGCUUGUAACCAGACUCCCACCCUUACGUGUAUUUUACUCUGAGCUGCUGCUUCCUUCAUUUUACUGGAUUGUGCGAAUUAUUCUUGGGUUCACACUAAUAAAGAGUUUCA